GCCCCGGCCCGCGCCCGCGCCCGCGCCAUGGACCUCCGCACGGCCGUGUACAACGCCGCGCGCGACGGCAAGCUGCAGCUGCUGCAGAGGCUGCUGAGCGGCCGCGGCCGCGAGGAGCUGGACGAGCUGACGGGCGAGGCGGCGGGCGCGGGCACGCCGCUGCUCAUCGCCGCGCGCCACGGGCACCUGGAGGUGGUGGAGUACCUGGUGGACCGCUGCGGCGCCAGCGUGGAGGCGGGCGGCGCCGUGCACUUCGACGGCGAGACCAUCGAGGGCGCGCCGCCGCUCUGGGCCGCCGCGGCCGCCGGGCACCUGGACGUGGUGCGCAGCCUGCUGCGGCGCGGCGCCUCGGUGAACCGCACCACGCGCACCAACUCCACGCCCCUGCGCGCCGCCUGCUUCGACGGGCACCUGGAGGUGGUGCGCUACCUGGUGGGCGAGCACCGCGCCGACCUGGAGGUGGCCAACCGGCACGGGCACACCUGCCUGAUGAUCUCGUGCUACAAGGGCCACCGCGAGAUCGCGCGCUACCUGCUGGAGCAGGGCGCGCGGGUGAACCGGCGCAGCGCCAAGGGCAACACGGCGCUGCACGACUGCGCCGAGUCCGGCAGCCUGGAGAUCCUGCAGCUGCUGCUGGGCUGCCGCGCGCGCAUGGAGCGCGACGGCUACGGCAUGACCCCGCUGCUGGCCGCCAGCGUGACGGGCCACACCAACAUCGUGGAGUACCUCAUCCAGGAGCAGCCGGCGCCCCCGGGCCCGCCCGCCGGCCUCCCGCGCCGCGGGGAGGAGGAGGAGGAGGAGGAGCAGGAGCAGGCGGCGGCGCGGGCGGCGGGCCCCCGCGAGAGCUGCUGCCCCGCCAGCCGGGAGGCGGCCGUCGAGGCCCUGGAGCUGCUGGGCGCCACCUACGUGGACAAGAAGCGCGACCUGCUGGGCGCCCUCAAGCACUGGCGCCGCGCCAUGGAGCUGCGCCACCAGGGCGGCGCCGCCCUGCCCAGGCCCGAGCCCCCGCAGCCCGUGCUGGCCUACGGCUGCGCCCGCGAGGCGGCCACGCCCGAGGAGCUGGAGGCGCUCGUCGCCGACCCCGACCAGAUGCGCAUGCAGGCGCUGCUCAUCCGCGAGCGCAUCCUGGGGCCCGCGCACCCCGACACGUCCUACUACAUCCGCUACCGGGGCGCCGUCUACGCCGACGCCGGCAACUUCGAGCGCUGCAUCCGCCUCUGGCGCUACGCCCUGGACAUGCAGCAGAGCAGCCUGGAGCCCCUGAGCCCCAUGACCGCCAGCAGCUUCCUGUCCUUCGCCGAGCUCUUCUCCUACGUGCUGCAGGACCGGGCGGCCCGGGGCGGCCCGGGCACCCAGAUCGGCUUCCCCGACCUCAUGGGCGUGCUCUGCAAGGGGGUGCGGGAGGUGGAGCGGGCCCUGCAGCUGCCCAAGGAGCCGGGGGACGCGGCCCAGUUCACCAAGGCGCUGGCCAUCAUCCUCCACCUGCUCUUCCUGCUGGAGAAGGUGGAGGCCAGCCCCGAGCAGCAGCACUUCAAGCACCAGACCGUGUACCGGCUGCUCAAGUGCGCGCCGCGCGGCAAGAACGGCUUCACGCCGCUGCACAUGGCCGCCGACAAGGAGACCACGAGCGUGGGCCGCUACCCCGUGGGCCGCUUCCCCUCCCUGCAGGUGGUGAAGGUGCUGCUGGACUGCGGGGCCGACCCGGACAGCCGCGACUUCGACAACAACACGCCGCUGCACGUCGCCGCCCAGAACAACUGCCCGGCCAUCAUGAACGCCCUGAUCGAGGCCGGGGCCCACAUGGACGCCACCAACGCCUUCAAGAAGACGGCCUACGAGCUGCUGGACGAGAAGCUGCUGGCCCGGAGCACCAUCCAGCCCUUCAACUACCUGACCCUGCAGUGCCUUGCCGCCCGCGCCCUGGACAAGAACAAGAUCCCCUACAAGGGCUUCAUCCCCGAGGAGCUGGAGGCCUUCAUCGAGCUGCACUGACCCGGGAGGGCCGAGGCGCUGCCCGCCUGCCCGCCCACCGAUUGGCUGUCGCGCCCCAGGGGCUGCUUCCGCUUCCGGGAGGGGCGGGGCCGCGGCGCUGCCCACGG